CUCGCGCCAUAAAUGCCUCUGUUACUCACUCUGCUUCCUUCUCCUUCGAAAAACCUCCUUCAAAGCUUCAGAUACACUUUUGGCAGAAGAAAUCAGAGAAAGACGAAAAGAAUUAGAUCGAUCGAGCUUCCAGCGUGCAAUUUCAUGGCGGAUUUCAGUUUUCUCGACUGAAAUUCAUGCAAUCGAGCCGAAAAAUCAAGAGAUCGAGGAAUCAAAAGGAAAGGAAUCAUUGAAUCAAGUGUUGUGCUCAAAGUUGAACAAGAGGAUCAUGGCAGUGUUUGGAUGUCGCAUUCCUGCUUCUCCUUUUGUGCGGAUUAACAAACCUCUAGAGAAGAAGAUCGAGGAUAAGAAAUGUUUGUUCACUGGGCCAAUUACUCGAUCAUCACAAAGGAGUUUAACAACCCCUGCAUGCAGUUUUCCAAGUGUUCCUCCCCCCACAAUGUCAAUGUCAGACUCAUUUGACAAUAUUAUUGAAUCUCUGAUAAAUGGGGUGGAUUUAUCUGAAGAGGAGGCAGAAGCUUCUCUUGAUUUUUUACUGAGUGAAGCUAAUGAAGUUUUGAUCAGUGCUUUUCUUGUUCUUUUGAGAGCCAAAGGAGAGUCAUUCGAAGAAGUUGUGGGAUUGGCGAGGGCAAUGUUCAAAUGCUGUAGGAAGGUUGAAGGAAUGACUGAUGUGGUUGACAUUGUUGGAAUAGGAGGUGAUGGGGCAAACACGAUUAACAUCUCAACAGGGGCUUCUAUUCUAGCAGCUGCCUCUGGUGUAAAAGUUGCCAAGCAAGGAAAUAGAUCCAGUUCUUCUGCCUGUGGAAGUGCUGAUGUGUUAGAUGCAUUGGGGAUAAAUAUCAACAUGGACCCUGAGGCCGUAAAGAAAUGUAUAAACACAGUAGGAAUUGGUUUUAUGAUGUCUCCCAAAUACCACCCAUCAAUGAAAAUUGUUGGUCCUGUGAGGAAACUGGUCAAAGUGAAGACAGUCUUCAAUAUCUUGGGACCUAUGUUGAAUCCAGCGCGGGUACCUUUCGCAGUUGUUGGUGUCUAUAACAAGGAUUUGGUCAUCAAGAUGGCUAAAGCGCUACAAAGGUUUGGUAUGAAAAGAGCAUUAGUCGUCCACUCAGAAGGUCUAGAUGAAAUGAGUCCACUCGGACCCGGACUAGUCCUUGAUGUUACUCCAGAUAAGAUUGAGAAGUUCUCCUUUAAUCCAUUGGAUUUUGGUAUUCCACGCUGCAGUUUGGGAAGCUUGAGAGGGGGAGGCCCUAAAUUCAAUGCCCAAGUUCUUAGGAAUGUACUGUCUGGUGAGAAAGGAUCUGUUGCUGAUGCAUUUAUCCUCAACGCAGCUGCUGCGCUGCUAGUUAGCGGGCAAGUCAGCAGCCUUGCCGAAGGAGUAGCCCUGGCGCGUGAGACACACACAUCAGGGAAAGCUAUCAGGACGCUUGAUUCGUGGAUACAUCUUUCCAACGUUUUAAGUAAAAUCUCUCUAGCCUUGAACUGAAGAUUUCUGGGACUCCACUCCCACUGACCUAUUUACCUGGCCCACCAUCACAGAAUGAAGAUGCUAUCAAUGGAGUCGCUGGCAUUAUGGGUUGAUGAUUCACAUAAAAGCUCCUACAUGUGGACCAUCUUUCCAAAAUCAUUCGUUUAUCCAGUUAACGCAUCAUAUGUGAACUGUACUAGAAGCAGAUUUUCUUGUUAGCACCUUAAUAUAUUUCUUUGAGGUUAUGCUGACUAAGAGCCAAAACAGGUCUUGACUGGUUGGACCAGCA